CUUGUGCGCACAAGUAAACAGCGUGUGAGUGAAGGGAUGCAGUGAGCACAGACAGAAAGGAUUCGUAUUUUGGAUAAUUCAGUACCUGCGUUUCUGUGGGACAGAGAGACAACGAACCGAAGCAGCCGUGUUGUGAUGGACGCGCUGCAGGCGCUGGAAGAUGAGGUGGCUCUGGAAGGUCUGGACGGGAUCACUGUGUCUGGGCUGUGGUUCCGGAUACAGAACCGCGUCCCCAAAUUCCCCCUACUUCUCGACCCGGCCACGAAGCAGUUCCUGUGGCAGGCCUUGGUCUGUAAUGCCGAGCUCGAGUUUUACGAGCUGCCAAAGGAGAGACCUGCUUUUGUCUUCUUUGACAGGUUCAAAGAAAUCGAUCCUGAAACUGGGAUUCAGGAGAUAAGGAAGGAGAGCUCCCUGGUGGAGGAUCUCUACCCCAUUCACAUAGUCUUUGACAAUAAGAAGGGGAUCAAAGGCUCCUGCCAGUUCUUUAAUGAGAGGAUAAACGUGACGAGUCAGAUCAGGAAUGAAGCGCUACAGCCAUGCUGCACCCUGGAAGAGGCAGUCGACAGGUGGGCGGAGAAGCUGGUCAUUGUUGCGUCUCAGAGGGUUCGGUACCGUGCCCUGAUUGGCUGGGAGGGCGACCCUGAUCUGAAGCUGCCGGACUACUCAUACUGCAUCCUGGAGAGGCUGGGCCGGGCUCGCUGGCAGGGAGAGCUGCAGAGGGACCUGCACUGCGGGGCUUUCAAGACGGAUGCCCGGAAGCUACACUACCUCAGGAAGGUGUUGGACAGGAACGACUUGCUUACCAUGCAGUCCCACGUCAUCCGGCUCCCGAACAGCAGCCAGCAGCACUCCAUCCUCCUCCUGCUCAAGCGCUUUCACGUGGACAGGAGAAGUAAAUAUGCCAUUCUGAUGGAAAGAGUCUCCAAUGUGCUGGCUGGCAAACCAGGCAAACUGGCGGUCAUGAUCCACUUGAGACACGAGCUGGGGCUGUGUGAACGGACCUUCAAGCGCAUGUAUCAGUACAUGAUUGCAGCUGGAAUCGUUCAGGUCGUGUCUGUGCCCUUGCACGAGCUCAACCCAGAAGCAGGGCACUGCAAAACGAAGAAAGGUACUGAUAUCAUUGUGAGAUGUGUGAAGCUGCUGAAGGAGUACAAGAAGAAAGCCGGUGAGGAUGGCGAUGAUAACGACGAGGAGGAGGACAGCGUUCAGAGAAGCUGGCAGCCGGUGGAGCGUGUAUGGGAGAGGGACAUGCUGGCACAGGCAUAUGAACUGAUCGAGAGCAGAGGAACCACAGGAAUCACACAGACUGAGAUUCGACUGUCAAUGAACAUUGGAAAGCUAGAGGCGCGAAUGAUUUGCAGGCUUCUGGAGCGCUACCAAUUGAUCAAGGGGUUCAUGGAAGAUGAAGGCCGUCAACGCACAACGAAAUACAUCUCCAAAGUGUAUGUGGAGCGGAGCGAUUUGAACCAGCAGUUUGAGAAGGAGAAGGCGCGGAGUGAGCAGCUGUCUACGGUUGGCUGCUCUUUACUGGAGCCCGUGGAGAGCCAGGGAGAGGGGAGAGAGGAACUCCCUUCUGAAAAGGAGAGCUCACCGGUUCAGUCUGAGGUGGAGGAGGAGCAGCAGCAGCAUGAGGGGAGUCCAAGAAGCGCUGCAAAGAAGCAGAAAACCAGAAUCCUGAUUGACCCCCAGGCUCUGCUGCCACACUCGAAGCUGGGUGGGAGCCCCAAGCAGUCCACACCGUGCAAGAGAAUAAAAGCUUUUGAUUUCAGAGGGCGCGCUGAAAGUCCCAUCCUUCCACAAAGUGUGCAGGACAAUGAAGAGACUCCAGCGGUCCCCGCAGAGUCUGACAUGAGUGUUGACGUCUCGGAGCAAACGACAAACCGCGAGUCGAGCGACCAGUCAGUGCAGAAUGACAGGAACGUCACCGUCAUUGAAGAGGUUCGGCUGGAACAGGCGAAGGACAGAGAUGGGAAAGGGGGGAGAAAGAAGCCCAAUAAGCUGCUCCUGCGGAUUGACAAGCCCCACGAAACCUACAGGCUGCUGAAACGCAAGAACAUGAUCAUAGAAGCUGUGCACAACCUCAAGCUCAUCGACAGCCUAUACUCACUGCAGAAAAUGAUAAUGGAUGAAGAGAAGCAGGAUGGAGUGGUUACCAGGUGCUGCAAGAAAUCCAUCUUGAGGCUGGUUCACAAGCUGUCUCAGGAUGGCGUGCUCAGACUGUACCGCACCACAGUCGUUCAGGAUGGCAUCAGCAAAAAGGUGGAGUUUGUAGUCCACCCCUCCAUCCUUCCACAAGAUCCUCUGGUGAAAAGUGCCAUUGAACAGGUCCGCUUCCGCAUCUCCAGCUCCUACACGGCACACCGAGUGAAGGCCCAGCAGGCUCAGGCAGAGGCUGAGGAGGCUCGGAACCACAAAGCCAGCAAGGACCCGGAUCAGGACCCCCUGGGAGAGCCACACGCCGACUCUGGGAACCAGUCCGAGAACACCAGUAAAGCUGCAACCAGCAAGACUGAUGACAAAAUGGGAGUCACGCCUCUCAAGAACUUCCAUCCUCCCAUAGUUCCAGGACUUGGGCGCUCGUUAGGCUUCCUUCCCAAAAUGCCACGGCUGCGGCUGGUCCACAUCUUCCUGUGGUACGUGGUCUACGGGCACCCCCUGAGGAAACCUCCUGAGGAGAACCCCACCCCACGGGAGGAGCUGGGGCCAACCAAUCAGAACGAGAUGGCAGAAGAGAGGGAGGAGGGGGAGAGCGCUGGCCCUGCAGAGGCUGAGGAGUCCAUCGGGGGCACAGAGCUGGGCGAGCUGUUCGUCAAGGAAACUGUGUAUGUGGACCAGGCUUCCUGGAAGAGAUUUGUUCCUCCCACCCCCAUUCACAGGGAGUUUGAGUACGGCUGGGCCCUUGUGAGCGACAUUCUGCUUUGUCUGCCCCUUUCCAUAUUCAUCCAGAUCGUGCAAGUCAGCUACCAGGUGGAUAACCUGGAGGAGUACCUGAGUGACCCGAUCAAGCAGCACACCCUGGUCCGCUUCCUGCCACAGCCCAUGCGACAGCAGCUGCUUUAUAAACGGAAGUACAUAUUUUCAUUUUAUGAAAGUUUGCAGCGCAUGUGCUACUUGGGAGUCUUGCAGUUCGGACCAAUUGAGAAAUUUCAAGACAAAGACCAGGUGUUUGUAUAUGUGAAGAAGAAGGCCACUAUCGUGGACACAACCACCUGUGACCCUCAUUAUAACCUGGCGCUCAGCAGCCGCCCCUUUGAGAAAAGGUUUUACACCUUCAACAGCCUGCAGCAGCUGGAGAACUUCUGGUUUGAUCUGCAGUGCGUCUGCCUCAACACACCACUAGGUAUAGUAAGAGGCCCUCGCACAAAGAAGAGCAGCUCUCAAGAGAGCCGGCAGAAGCCUGGUGAUCCCGAGAUGGAUUCUGCAAUGGAGCCGGAGUUAACGGCUGAGAAGCAAGUUGCCAACCACAAGCUGAGGAUGUGUGAAUGUUCAAGGGGCCGGAAGGAGGUGCUGGACGAUCGAGAGAUCCCAGGGGAUGGGCAGGGUGCGGCAGGGCUGGACUCCGGCUUCUUCAGUCACCUGAAACGCAACUGGAUUUGGACGAGUUACAUCCUCAACAAAACCAAGAGACCUGGUGCAGCUUUAGAAGGAAGUCCAACACUAAGACUGCAGACAUUCUUGACGAAGCAUCCCCUGCCUCUCAUGACUGAAGGCAGUAAAUUGAACAGGCUGAUGGAUGCCAGACAGCCAAUGCUUGUUAAAGAGGAGGAGGUUCACACUGAGAAGGAGCCGGCCUUGGAGAGGAAUAGACGGGUCGUGGGUGGAAAGAAACAGAAACGGAAGAGACUGAAGAAGGAUCCUGGAAGGAAAGCUAAGAGAAAGAGGAAAGAGGGGGCGUCGGAGCAGAAGCGCGGAAGGCAGCCGCGCUUCCAUGACGAAGCGGACCAGAGCGCCCUGCAGAGGAUGACACGGCAGCGCGUGGCCUGGACUGCACAAGAGGACGGCUUUCUGGUGCUGUGCAGGGUCGCCAGCCACGUCCUCAACAGAAAGGUCAAGGGGCCCUUUGUUCCUUGGCAGGUUGUGCGAGACAUCUUACACGCCAACUUUGAGGAGUCUUUGGACAAGACUUCCCUGUCUGUGGGUCGCAGAGCUCGAUACAUCAUGAAGAAUCCCCAGACCUCCCUGAACUUCAAAAUUUGCCUUGCAGAGGUCUACCAGGACAAAGCCCUCGUUGAGGAGUACCUGAACAGGAAGAAUGAUUACCAAAGUGCAGAGGUGUGUGGCUUGGAAUUCAAAGCGUUUGUAGAGGAGCUGAGGAGGAAGUUGAGCUCUGUGGUGGGAGACUCUGAGCUGGAAAUCCCAGAUACAAAGGAAGAGCUUUUCAGGAGGUUCAAAGUCUCUGCCAUUGGGGAGGAAGUGGAGCUAGAGGAGCCGCGCGACGCCCUUCAGAGCGUGGAUGAUAUCCACUCACUAGUACUGAGCAACCUGAUCCAGAGCACGCUGGCGCUGUCCAACACACAGAUGAAAUCCUGCCAGUCUUUCCAGACGUUCCACCUGUACAGGAAGUACAAAGAUGAGGUUCUGUUCAAGGUGUUUCUGGACUGUCAGAAGCGAGGCUUGGUGAACCGGCGCCGAGUCAACCAGGCCUUGGGGCCCAAGAAGAGCCGGGCUCUGCCCUUUGUUCCCAUGUCCUACCAGCUGUCACAGACUUACUACAGGUGCUUCACGUGGCGCUUCCCCAGCACUCUCUGCACAGAAUCCAACGAGUUCUUGGAAAAGCUCCAGUCGGUUGGCAGGGAGGACCGGCCUAACGCCUUCAUCUUCCAGGAGCAGGAGAGCCAAGCUGCGGACCCAGACAUGGUGCUCUUCCCCCUGGAUGGGCCCGGAGGGAACUGUCUGGCCAGCCUGUCCCUCCUUAUCCUGGGGCUGCUCUCUGUGGAAGUGGCCAUUCCAGAUCAGAUUGUGGUCGUGGACAGCACCAUGGUGGACAAUGAGGUGAUAAAGAGUGCUUGGUUUAUUUGCAGCCUUGGGAAGGAAGGAGUGGAGGACUCGGAGGAGGGGGAGGGGGAGGACUCUGAGAACAAGCGGAAGAUGGAGGUGAAAUCACGGCAGGCUUCCCACACAAACUACCUGCUGAUGAGGGGGUACUGCGCCCCGGGCAUCGUCAGCACCCGUAACCUCAACACCAGCGACAACGUGGUAGUCAACUCCUGCCAGAUGAGGGUGAAGCUGCGCAAAGCACCGGCACACAGCUGGAUCCACACAGCCGCUCCCUCUGUAGUGGAUUUGACUCCUGGACAGACCUGCCUCCCUCCCAGUUUCACCCGGCUUGUGAAGAUUCCUGGCGCCUCAUCAUCCAGGCUGGAGCUGUUCCAGCAGCACUGUGUCGAUCGUUGUGGCUACAGCCCAGAGGAUCUGCAGGUCGUGCUGGAGAUCUGCAAUGCCAUCAAGGAAGGGAAGAGCUUCGGGAUCGACAGGAACGAGCUGGAAAGGAGAUUCUCCGCUUGUGAAGAACCGGAAGAGGGACGGACCAGAACCUUCUCUCAGUACCUGCAGGACCUGAUCAACCUGGAGGAGGUGCUGGAAGUCGGAGGCAACGUUCUGCGCAUAGUUGCGAUUGAGUACGUGGACCCGUGGCUGCUUCACAUCACUGCUCCGAGGCAGCCCCAGAGAGAUGAGCAAAGCCAGCAGGAUGUGUCCACUUCAAGGAAGAGAAGGCUGGAAGAAUGUGAUCCAGGAAAGGAAGCUCCUGCCAGCAAGAGGGCUGCUUUGGAGGAUGGUGACUCUGCAGCUCCUGGAGACUGCAGGAAUGCAGAGGAGAAUCAGGAGAGUGCUCACAGAGACAGAGAUCAAACCACCACUGCGGAGAAUCAGGAGAGUGCUCACAGAGACAGAUAUCAAACCAUCGCUGAGGAGAAUCAGGAGAGUGCUCACAGAGACGGAGAUGAAGAAACCACUGUGGAGGAUACAGGAGAGCAGAGUGGAGAGAGGGACUCCCAGCCGAGCGAAGACAAGGAAGAACUCAAGCGCCUUCAAGGAGAGGGAGAUGUCCACAGUCCAAGGGUUGAAAGAGCUGAGACCCAGGAGGGUGCAAGUGAAGGCGCUGGCUGUGAGGCGGUUGGUUUCCUCAGCCGGCCUUGGCGCAUUGUGGAUGGCAGUGUGAAUAAGCCGCUCUGCAAGGGGAUGAUGGAGGCAGUGUUGCUGCACAUCAUGACCAGGCCUGGGGUCCCCGAGCAGCAGCUGGUGCGGCACUACCAGGGCGUGCUGCAGCCUGUGGCCGUUCGGGAGCUGCUGCAGGCUCUUGAAGACCUGGGCUGUCUUCUUAAGAAGUCCAUGAGGAAGCCGACUCGGGUGUCCCUCUUCUCCAGCCCAGGCCCUGCAGACAGUGUGUGUAUGAAGCAGAGGAGCGGCUCCAGCGAGGUGUUUUAUGAGCCCACGAUAGACUGUUGCUUGAGACUCGGCAAAGUGUUUCCACACGAAGCCAACUGGAACAAAUGGGUGAAGUUUCUACACACCUGAGGUACGAGCCGCUGGGUGCAUUACUCAGCUACUGCACUAUCACUAGAACUGACUUUUAAAUUGCUUCACCUACUCUUGCGUGAUCGUCCUUUGCAGGGUCAAACGUGACAACAGAUACCAUUUUAAAAGGAAAAUAAGUGAAGUAGGAAACAAAGCCCUAAUGAAGCAUUCUCCUAGCGUUCUCCUGUCAUUCUUCUAGCCCUCUCCUAUCAUUCUCCUAGCGUUCUCCUGUCAUGCUUCUAGCCCUCUCCUAGCGUUCGCCUGUCAUUCUUCUAGCCCUCUCCUAGCGUUCUCCUGUCAUUCUCCUAGCCCUUGAUGGGGUGGGCACUGGGUUAGAAAGGAUUUUUUGUUUUGAAAUGUAAAAAUAUUCUUUUCGAAUAGUCUUUUUUUUUCUUCUUUUUGAUCUUGUCUGAUUGAGGAGGGGCGGGGGCAAACUUUGUAUUGUUUUGUUUUGUCAUUAAAGAUUUUGUGUGUA